UCUCCUUCCCUCUUUAUCCCCUUUCAUUCUUUCCUACUAUUGCUCUUCCCUUCUUCGUAGGAAAGUUACCCCGCCAGAUCACUUGCGCGGAUAAUUGACCGUGCUCUCCCACGUUCUUGCUACUACUACUAUUGCUUCCACCAUCACCACCACCACCACAAGACUACCGCGUUCGGCUAAGAGACAUGGCCAUCCUCGACAAAGAAAACCGGCCCCGCGGCCUGCGAGUUCCAUCCUUUGCUCGCAAAGGCUUCAAGCAGAAGUCCUCGGAUUCUCUGCCGGACAAGGAGCCAGAGCCGGUACAGGCACCCGUGACGACGGUAAUCCCACCGCGAACCGACUCGGUUCCUGAUUAUUCGGCUCCUGCUCCGCUGCCUGCCGCCGUGCAGCCAUCAUCAUCCGCAUUUAACGCCCCUAUCCAUCAUCAAGAUAACCUCCCACAAUCUGCUCCGCCAGCGGCUAACUACACCCCCGCUCCUCGCGCUUAUCAGGCCUAUCGUCCUCCUGCUGCUUCAGAGCCUAUGCAAAGCCCUCCGGCAAGGAAGGAAGUUCCCGUACCUGCGAUCCAACGGCAAGAUACCGAAGAGCCUUUGGAGGACUUUAUCCCAGAACCCGAGCCGGAAUUGGACGACACUGGCGCGCCUAUCGAGCCUGUGUCCAGUGAAGAAAACAAUGGCCCGUGGACGCCUCCUGAUAUUGAGCCUGUCGCGGCGCCGCUGAACAAAUUGCACUUUGCCUGCUACCAGGACCAUCGGUCCAUGCCCCCCGCCAACAAUGUCUGGCAUGCUGUUCCCUGCAUGACCUGCCAGAAGUUCGACCGCGAUGUUCGAUACCGGUGUGUCUUCUGCUGCUUGCGCAUCUGUACCGGCUGUUUCCAGACCCUGCAGACGAUCCCACGUCGCUCGUUGGCGCAGCUAAUGGAGUCCAUUCCUGCGGCCAAAGCCUGAGGCCAUUGCAUCCAGCUUCUUGAUGUUUCUUCUCCCGCCUUUCACUCUUCUACUUGAGCAUGGAAACGGUGCUGUUUCUUU